GGAUCAUUAUAUUCUCUCUGCCAUUAUAAACAGACGACCUUCUUCAGUCAUCGUAUUGUUGAUCGCCAAUUCGCUUCAACUAUCAUCUUCAUCCUCACGCCGGCUCUCUCAUACGCACCGGUUCUAAGACACGCAGCUUACCCCUGCCCAUCAACGAUCGACUCGACCCAUUUGCCACUUCAAAAUCACGUGGAAGCCCCCAAGGUUACUCAUCGACUCACCUCACGUGAAGACUCAAACACGAAGCUUUCAUAUCACGUGGAGACCAUCACGUGAUACUCCUUCUCACAUUACAACAACAACCCACACAACCGCCAUCAUGGCGUCGACAUCAACAGCGAGCACCUCCACCCCUCCCCUCGCCGAAACCCUCCUCGCCCUCCCCAUCAACACCCAGCGCCAAUCACCCCUCUACGCGCUCCCCCAAGAGAUCCGCGACCAAAUCUUCGCCUACGCACUCACACCCUACACCCCCAAGGCACCUCCCCCACCCCCAAAGCCAUCGGCGCUCUACCCUUCAACCAGCGCACCGCGCCCGCGCAAGCCGAACCCAUGGAACCCUAUCCGCGCACCCUACGACAUCAACACCCCCUACUCACGCCCCGGCCAGCGCGCAAAGGUCCACCACCCCACGGCCCUGCUGCUGGUCAGCCGCCUCACACACCUCGAGACAGCGCAUAUGCCUGUCCCCUUAGCGACACAUACUUUCUACGCCCCCCCUUCGAGCGGUCCACCAGAUCUGUUGGCGUCACCGGAGUACUUCGCUCGCAUGAGCCCGGCGCAACAAGAUACCGUUCGCCGUGUUCGUGUGUUUGCUGAUGUGGCGUGGUUGCUUAAGGGGGAGUUGAAGGACAUGUGCGCGCAUCCUGCUAUGCGUGGUGUCACCGACUUCUCCCUCGUGGUUCGCUGGUGCGAUUGGCGCGGUUGGGCAUCGAAUGAGGCGCUUAGCCUUGCUAGUCGUCCUCUGCCCUUGGUGCAGGUUGAGGAGGAGGAGGAGCGUUUACAAGACCCGGCCGAGCAGGAGAUGGAGUUCUCUGCGCCACCAACACCAAUGGCCGGUGUCGAGAUGGCUGAUCCCAUGGGGGCACUUGCCCAGGAGGGAUGCGCCGAUGCCCAGGAGGCGCUCGAGGCCGCGAUGGCACAACUCCCGAACUUGAAGUCUGUGUCCCUCUCCCUUGAGGCACCAUACGUCAAGUCCGAUGAGCUCGAGGCGCAACUCUCAGCUGCGCGCGAGUGGACCUUCCACCUCGGCGGCAAGGCUGCGAGGGAGGAGGAGAAGACCGUCAAAGGCGUUGUCUCUAGCGAGGCGGAGUGGGAGGCGCCCAUGUGCGCAUGGAGCGAUUUCUGCGCUCACUGCGGCGGUGGAAUCGGAGAUGAUAAGGCUUGCGAGGAGCGCAAGAGGCGCAGGUGCCGUGGUCUCGGACCGAGAGUCCUUGGUGGUGUUGUGAGGUGGUGCUGAUCGGAUCAGACCAUCUGUUUUCCUGUUGGCUUCGGCCGUUUCUACUGCGGAUUUUGCGAGGUGCUUGUUUCUGGAAGCGACAAAAAAAAUUAUGGGCUUGUCUAAUUGGGGGACGAACGGGAUUUGGGAUUUGUUUUUAUUUUAAUUCAGCGAACGGGAUAAGGGAAAGGGAACAAACAAACAAAAAGUGCAGCGAAUUAGGAAGGGGGGGUGAUCAUAGUGCAUGAGGCCCCUGGCGACCCUGGGAGAGAAUUAGUUAAUACACACAUCACACAUACUUUGCAUAGCGCCCAGGGAUGGGAAUGGGAAGGAAUGGGGAUAUAGCAUAGCUUAGCAUAGCACCCAACUUCGGAUGGAAGCGUCUGAGGACGGAUAAUAAGAUACCAUAAUUUUUUUACCAC